AUGACCGUACCGGAAAAGAAGAUCGACUCAUGGAGCGCUCGCGCCAGGAAAUCACGCUACGAACCCAGCUGCAAGGGCAUGACGGCCGAUGAGGCACAGAGAUUAUGGAUUUGUAUGCUUGAGGUGCAGCAGCGGUAUGGGUGCUAUACUUCUGCGAGGAUGGAUACGGCGUUGAAUGCUGGUGAUGAUGGGCUUGACCUUAUGCCCAACCGAUUUAUCAUUGAUACCUUCAACGAGUCUAUCGUCGACCUUCCGGACGAGGGGAGGGAGAUGUUGAACCGCUAUCUGUGCCCCUCUUCAUGUCUGACGAAGCAGAAGUGGAAGUUUUGGAAGAAAGACUAA